AUGGCUGAUUCGCCGAGAACUGCACUUGCCAGUUUUGCUAUUUAUGCUGCAAUACUGUAUAAGGUCAACAAGAGCCUCUGGCCGUACAUUUUCAUUGGAUAUGUUCUCUAUCGCCUUCUCCGCACCGAUUUUGCGCAACGCGCACUAAAAACCCUAUCAAGGGAUUUCACGGGUCUGAGACUUCUUAUCAAAGUGAAACGCGAGAUCAAGCGUCGGCUGGCAUCGAAUCGGCCAAUUCACGAAAUUUUUCUGGAACAGGUGGAAAAACAUCCCGAAAAGAUUGCGUGUAUCGAAGUGGAAACCGGAAAGAAAAUCACCUAUAAAGAUUUGAACGCGAGAAUGAAUCAGUAUGCAAAUUUCUAUAAGAACGAAGGAUUCGAAAAUGGGGAUGUUGUUGCCUUGUUCAUGGAUAACAGUAUCGAUUUUUUCGCCAUCUGGCUCGGUCUUUCCAAAAUUGGAGUUAUAUCAGCUUUCAUUAACUCAAAUCUCAAACUUGAGCCACUUGCUCAUUCAAUAAAUGUUUCAAAAUGCCGUCAGGUUAUCACAAUUCCAAACCUUGUUCCAGUAUACCGUGCUGCCGUUGAAAAAGAUUUGAUCUCUCGAAAUCUUCCUGUCGUUUUAGCUAGUGAGGAAAGCGUGUACGAUUUGCCCGCUAUUAACCAGAGCAUUAAGACAAUGUCAACAUAUGAGCCAGAUUCAAGAGGAGUUGAUUUCCAUAGCGUUCUUUGCUACAUUUAUACUUCUGGAACCACUGGAAACCCGAAACCAGCCGUCAUCAAACAUUUUCGUUACUAUUGGAUUGCCAUGGGAGCGGGAAAUGCAUUCGGCCUUCGUCCUGAUGACGUUGUCUACAUCACCAUGCCAAUGUAUCAUUCAGCCGCUGGAAUUAUGGGUAUCGGUUCGCUGAUUGCUCUAGGAACGACAGCGGUUAUUCGCAAAAAGUUCUCCGCUUCUAAUUUUUGGAAGGAUUGCGUGAAAUACAGAUGCACGGCGAGCCAGUAUAUCGGAGAAAUUUGCCGUUAUCUCCUUGCUCAGAAGCCUUCCGAUGAAGAAAAAUUGCACAAAGUGCGAUUAAUGUGGGGAAAUGGACUUCGAGCUGAAAUUUGGACAGAAUUUGUUAAUCGGUUCGGAAUCAAGCGCAUUGGAGAACUUUACGGCUCAACUGAAGGAAAUUCCAACAUUGUGAAUGUUGACAACAAAGUCGGAGCAUGUGGAUUUAUGCCAAUCUACCCGCAUAUUGGAAGCUUGUAUCCAGUAAGACUCAUUAAGGUUGACCAGGAAACUGGUGAAUUGAUUCGUGACAAGCAAGGAUUGUGCGUUCCAUGUCGUCCGGGAGAAAUCGGAGAGAUGGUUGGAGUGAUUCGCAAUAAGGAUGCGCUUCUUAAAUUCGAAGGAUAUGUGAACUCCGGCGACACUCAAAAGAAAAUUUAUAGGAAUGUUUUUAAACAGGGAGAUCAGUGUUUUGCCAGCGGCGAUAUUCUCUAUUGGGAUAAGCUCGGAUAUCUGUACUUCAAGGAUAGACGUGGAGAUACCUUCAGAUGGAAAGGCGAAAAUGUGUCGACAACUGAAGUUGAAGGAAUUUUGCAGCCGGUGAUGGAAGUUGAAGAUGCCACUGUGUAUGGAGUCGAGGUCGGAAAGAUGGAAGGUCGCGCAGGAAUGGCUGGAAUUGUUCUCCGCGAAGGAUGUGAUGUUGAUAAAUUCAUGGCCGAAAUCACUAAGCGCCUCACCGAGAAUCUCGCCUCAUAUGCGGUUCCAGUAUUUAUUCGCCUAUGCAAAGAAGUUGAUAGAACCGGCACAUUUAAAUUGAAGAAAACCGAUCUUCAAAAGGCUGGGUUUGAUUUGGAUAAAUGCAAGGGAGAUCGCCUUUAUUAUUGGUCUGCCGCCGACAAAAAAUACGCGGUUCUUGACGAAAAAAUGCAGAAAGAUAUUGAGACUGGGGUUUAUAACCGUAUUUAA